AUGGGUAAAAAAAUAGAAAAGGUUACUGCGGCGAAGGCCACACAACUCAAAGAUAAGAAAAAUGGAAAAACGAAAAAUACCAAGUUAUCGUCAAUAAAAAAAAACGGAACCGCUGCUAAGAAGAUCAAAGUUUUAAGUUCUGAGAGUGAUUCUUCAGAUUCAGAUUCUAGUGCACCAAAAAAGGCCAACGUUUCUGAUACUAGCGAUAGCAGUAAUAGUUCUGCUAGUGAAAGUUCUGCUUCUGAUAGUUCUGAGGAAGAAUCGAAAGUUAAACCAAAAAAUAAUAAGUUAAAUGUGAAGAAAGUAAGUACUUCUAGUAGUGAAGAAGAAUCUAGUUCUCACGAAGGUAAAAUAAAAAAAUCAAAAGAUGAAUCUUCAUCUUCAGAAAGUGAUUCUAGUGAAAGUGAAGAAGAAACAACAAGUAAGGUUAAUGGAACUAAUAAAGUCAAAUUAAGUAAAACAACCAGCGAUUCCAGCUCAUCAGAAGAGGAAGAAGAUUCGGAAGAUUCGGGUGAUUCGGAUGAUGCUCAAAAUAUCACGAAUAAUCAAGAACAAGAUUCCUCGGAUAGUAGCAGUUCAAGUGAAUCCGAAAGUGAUUCGGAUGAAGAUAAAAAAAUGGUCCCUGAAAAACCGGAGGUUAAUAUAUCUAUAUCAGUUCUCAAUUCAUCAAAACGAAAAAUAGAACAAGAUGAUUCUAAUUCAGCAAAAAAACCUAAAGUAUAUGAGAAUCCCUCCGAAACCAAUACAAUUUUUGUGGGAAAUCUCUCAUACAAUGUUGAUGCUGAAUGGUUACGUCAUGAAUUUAAAGAGGCUGGCGAAAUUGUUGAUGUUCGCAUCGCUUCCGACAGAGAUACCGGAAGAUCUAAAGGGUUUGGCUAUGUAGAAUUCACUACUGCUGAAGAAGCUAGUAAUGCAAUGAAAUUCUUGGGUAAAGAAAUUGACGGAAGAACAAUUAAUUUAGACUUCUCCACUCCAAAACAAUCCAAAAAGGAUGACUUACAAAUGGGUACAAGUGAAGUUAGUGACACAAUCUUUGUAGGAAAUCUUGCAUUUAAUAUAACCGAAGACCAAAUGUGGGAAACUUUCGGUGAAUAUGGUCAGAUUGUUUCAGUUAGACUCCCAACUCACGAAGAUUCGGGCGGCCUGAAAGGUUUUGGAUACGUACAAUUCUCUGACAUUGAUGCGGCGCAAAAAGCAAUGGAAUUACAUGGUACUAAAAUAUGUGGGCGACCUAUUCGUCUCGAUUUUUCUACUGGAAAACCUCAAGGAGGCAAUAAUAAUUCAAGGUUUGGAAAUCGUAAUGCAGCGGCAAAUCGUGGAGCCAUACUUCCUCCAAAGGGUAACAAAAUCACCUUUUAA